UAAACAAUGUUAUGUUGCAGAUACUGAUGCUGGUAUCAAUCCAACUUCAUCAAAGGUAUGUUUUGAUGAUGCUAUUCUUUCAUUUCUGCAGCAAAAUUUAAGCAAAUGGUUCUCUCUCUCUCUCUCUCUAUCUUGCUGUACCUCUGAACUGUGUUCUUAGCUGGUUGUCAGUGCCUUGUAUAGAUGCACUAUUGAUGAAAAGAAAACACUAAUUAACUUUAAUAAGUUGAAAAGCAUAUGUGGUCAUCAACUUUUGUAACAUGUUUAACCAUAUCGGCUGUGUUCAAUGUGCAUUCGACAGCUUUCCUACACAUUGUAAAAGCAAAGUAGAUAUCAAUAGCUUCAUUUGUGUGCAGAGAGCAUAUAACUCUUUCAAUUUGGGUUGUGUACUUUAUAAGUUAAAGUUACUCAGGAAAUUGUAUCUGUAUCUGGAGACUGAUCUAGCACCCCACAGUCCGUUUACCACUGCUUUAAGGAAUUUUGACAAUAAUCUUUGUGAGAAUGAAAAAGGUCUUCUUUUGCCUAUUGGAACUUUUGUGAAUCAUUUAUUAUUCAGUUUGUAUCCAUCUCAAUGUUUUAGUCACUUGAGCUAGUUUAAGUGGUUUUUGGUGGGUUAGUGUAAGUGUGCGGGCUUUAACUCAUCGUAAAUGUAUCUUGGGAAAAACAAUCCAACUCUAUCACUUUUAUGCUUGCAGGGAUAGAAAUCAGAGUUUAUAGAGAUGGGAAGUCACUGAAUUCUUCGCAACUAGAAAGGGAUUAUCAAAAUUGGAUUCUUCAGAUGCACAUGAAGUAUGAUGAAGAAGUUGAUCAUGGUGAACAUGAACCUAUACUUGCUCUUAUACCGAGCCCUGCAAAAGGAAAGACGAUUGGCAUGUCAUGUGAUGUUUCAAGGGUUCACCAAGUUUUAAAAAGGAAUGGAAUAACAUAGAAAGCUGGUCAAAAGAUAAAACUUUUGAAGGGAGCAUGUGCUGGUGUUUAUAAAAAUAAUGUCUAUGCAACUAUAGAAUAUUUUGUACUUGGAGGUUUCCAAGGAGAUCCAGGUGGUACGUAAUUGUCCUUGUAGAUACUUUUUUGUUAUGUCAAAUUAAAUUGGUUAUUGUUCAUGCAAGAGUUUGGGCGAAGAUUUGACCCUCAUUUCUCUUUUGUGCCUUUUCAAAUAGGAGAAGCUCAGAUUAUUUGCAGGCCACUUGGUACAUCAAAUAAGGAUGGGUGUAUUCUUUCUGAUGUUGAUGGGAUGAUGAGAUUUAAUAUUAAAAGCUCCAUGUCUAUACCUAUAAAUGUGAUUGAUUCCAAAAAGUGCUUACUGGUUGAAAGUACUGAAUGGAAAAACCAGAUGGAUAAGCGGCUUCAGAAAUAUCCAUCUACAAUUGACUUGCUAAGCCCAAAAGAAUGUGAAGAAUUAGAGCUUGAAGCAGAUGAGGACUCAAUUUUUCAUGUUGAAAAAUUCAAGAGCAACCUUUCCACUUCAAAUUUGUUCCUAAAAAUUGAGGGCUUACUGAUUGAAAGCAAUGAAUUGGACAAGAUCAGACCUGGUUACAAAGCCACUCUAGUCAUAUCUAACUCAGAUGGGAAAUUCUCUGUUUCCAUUCCUUGCCAUGUAACUCCAAGUUGUUUGAACCAUGUUAAAGCCCAACAAACAAUUUUGGCUGACCAACUUCUGCCAGGUUGCAUUGUUAAAGAGCUCGAAUUAGAGAUGUUUGAUGCAUAUGGAAAUCAUGUUGUGGGAGGCUUGGAAGUUAAGUUGGAUGUUGAGGGAUUUGAGAUGCUAGAUCAACUGGGCCCGAGGCAUAGAGUGGACCAUCAUGGACGUGUCGACCUUAGUAGCCUCUUGAAAGUAACAGCUGGUUAUGGAGAGAAUGUAUCGCUCUCUGUAUCAUCAGGCAAUAAAGUCUUUUUUAAACAAGAAUUUCAGAUUAAGAAAAGAGAACUGAGAAUCGCAUCAAAGGUACCCGAGAUUCUUACUGCUGGUUCCAAACUAGAAAAUAUCAUUUUUGAAAUUGUCAACUGUGAGGGUAUUGUGGAUGAUAUUAUCCACGAUGAAGAGAAAACUGGUCUGUCACAUAUGCUAACAAUAAAGGCUGAUUGGCUUAAUUUGGGAGAGUCUGUCCGGUAUACUUUCAAGCAUGGGCGCUGCAUUGUUCCUGCUAUUCCUUUAUCUAAAAUUGCAGGAAACUAUAGCUUGUUAGCUAUCCAUUCUCGCCAUUCAAACCUUAGUCUGAACGUUGAGGUUCAUGUCAAACCUGCUAUACCAAAUCCAAAAGUGGAGCAUGAUGGAAAAAACUUCUCCACGGUCAUUGAAAAUAAUAAAAAGGUUAAACUUGUAAAAUGUCUUGUACAGAACAUUGUGGUUGAUAUUUCGUUCAAUCAGUUGGAAGGGCUUUGUACACUAUGCUUUCUUGAGCAGGUCGAUUGCCUCAUUAGCAAAGAUCAUCUUUUCAAACAGAUUAUUAUACAAAUUAAGGCUUGGUGCUAUUAUGAAAGCUGUAUUCUUGGUGCUCAUCAUGGUUUGAUUUCUACAUAUGCUUUGGAGACAUUGGUCCUAUAUAUCUUCCAUCUCUUCAACUCUUCCUUGAAUGGUCCUUUAGCAGUUAUAUAUAAAUUCUUGGACUAUUUUAGCAACUUUGACUGGGAUAAUUACUACAUUAGCUUGAAUGGACCAGUUUGGAUAUCUUCACUUCCAGAACUCAUGUUUUAUGUAUGUCAGGAUGUUACAACCACUGGGGGAUGUAGAUAUAGACAAGCUAUCCCAGUAGGUAUUGGAGGUCGUCUGGAUGUUUAUACAAAUUUUGGCAUUAGAAAAGCUUUUCUUCCUCAGGUAUAUUGAGAUGAUUUCUUUGGAGCAAUUCUUGACAACAUUUGUAGUUAAGGCCUUUAGAGUGGAAGAAUGCAUUUCACUAAUUUUCGUAUACAUUUCUUGUUUUGUAUUUAGUGAUAAAGGAAUCUGAAUUGGGCAUAAAUUAUGUUGUAAUAUGAUUUCUUAAGCCUAGACUAGUAGACUAAAUAUUGUAAUUACAUUUGAGUAAUUAAUAAAAAUCUAUUUAUGUUA